AUGAAAUGGAACGUCUUCAUGAGGACGUUGGCGAUAAGCUCUGCAGGAGGACUGGGUCUGCAGGAGGACUGGGUCUGCAGGAGGACUGGGCCUGCGGGAGGACCGGGCCUGCAGGAGGACUGGGUCUGCAGGAGGACUGGGCCUGCGGGAGGACUGGGUCUGCAGGAGGACUGGGCCUGCGGGAGGACUGGGCCUGCGGGAGGACUGGGCCUGCAGGAGGACCGGGCCUGCAGGAGGACCGGGCCUGCAGGAGGACUGGGCCUGCGGGAGGACUGGGCCUGCAGGAGGACCGGGCCUGCAGGAGGACUGGGUCUGCGGGAGGACUGGGCCUGCAGGAGGACCGGGCCUGCAGGAGGACCGGGCCUGCAGGAGGACUGGGCCUGCAGGAGGACCGGGCCUGCGGGAGGACCGGGCCUGCAGGAGGACCGGGCCUGCGGGAGGACCGGGCCUGCGGGAGGACCGGGCCUGCGGGAGGACCGGGCCUGCGGGAGGACCGGGCCUGCAGGAGGACUGGGCCUGCAGGAGGACUGGGCCUGCGGGAGGACUGGGCCUGCAGGAGGACUGGGUCUGCAGGAGGACUGGGCCUGCAGGAGGACCGGGCCUGCAGGAGGACUGGGUCUGCAGGAGGACUGGGCCUGCAGGAGGACUGGGUCUGCAGGAGGACUGGGCCUGCAUGAGGACCGGGCCUGCAGGAGGACUGGGCCUGCGGGAGGACCGGGCCUGCGGGAGGACCGGGCCUGCAGGAGGACUGGGUCUGCGGGAGGACUGGGUCUGCAGGAGGACUGGGCCUGCAGGAGGACUGGGCCUGCGGGAGGACCGGGCCUGCAGGAGGACUGGGUCUGCAGGAGGACUGGGCCUGCGGGAGGACUGGGUCUGCAGGAGGACUGGGUCUGCAGGAGGACUGGGCCUGCGGGAGGACCGGGUCUGCAGGAGGACUGGGCCUGCGGGAGGACUGGGUCCCGGAGGACUGCAGGAGGACUGGGCCUGCAGGAGGACCGGGCCUGCAGGAGGACCGGGCCUGCAGGAGGACUGGGUCUGCAGGAGGACUGGGCCUGCGGGAGGACUGGGUCUGCAGGAGGACCGGGCCUGCAGGAGGACUGGGCCUGCGGGAGGACUGGGCCUGCAGGAGGACUGGGCCUGCGGGAGGACCGGGCCUGCAGGAGGACCGGGCCUGCAGGAGGACUGGGUCUGCAGGAGGACUGGGCCUGCAUGAGGACCGGGCCUGCAGGAGGACUGGGCCUGCGGGAGGACCGGGCCUGCGGGAGGACCGGGCCUGCAGGAGGACCGGGCCUGCGGGAGGACGGGGCCUGCGGGAGGACCGGGCCUGCGGGAGGACCGGGCCUGCAGGAGGACCGGGCCUGCGGGAGGACCGGGCCUGCGGGAGGACCGGGCCUGCGGGAGGACCGGGCCUGCGGGAGGACUGGGCCUGCAGGAGGACUGGGUCUGCAGGAGGACCGGGCCUGCAGGAGGACCGGGCCUGCAGGAGGACCGGGCCUGCGGGAGGACUGGGCCUGCAGGAGAACCGGGCCUGCGGGAGGACCGGGCCUGCGGGAGGACCGGGCCUGCGGGAGGACCGGGUCUGCAGGAGGACCGGGCCUGCAGGAGGACCGGGCCUGCAGGAGGACCGGGCCUGCGGGAGGACUGGGCCUGCAGGAGAACCGGGCCUGCGGGAGGACCGGGCCUGCGGGAGGACCGGGCCUGCGGGAGGACCGGGCCUGCAGGAGGACUGGGCCUGCGGGAGGACUGGGCCUGCAGGAGGACUGGGCCUGCAGGAGGACUGGGUCUGCGGGAGGACCGGGCCUGCGGGAGGACCGGGCCUGCGGCUUCGUGGGUGCGGGGGGCGAUAGCUUCGUGGGUGCGGGGGGCGAUAGCUUCGUGGGUGCGGGGGGCGAUAGCUUCGUGGGUGCGGGGGGCGAUAGCUUCGUGGGUGCGGGGGGCGAUAGCUUCGUGGGUGCGGGGGGCGAUAGCUUCGUGGGUGCGGGGGGCGAUAGCUUCGUGGGUGCGGGGGGCAAUAGCUUCGUGGGUGCGGGGGGCGAUAGCUUCGUGGGUGCGGGGGGCAAUAGCUUCGUGGGUGCGGGGGGCGAUAGCUUCGUGGGUGCGGGGGGCAAUAGCUUCGUGGGUGCGGGGGGCAAUAGCUUCCCUCAACAUGACUCGGUACCGGCUCAACAUGACUCGGUACCGGCUCAACAUGACUGGUACCGGCUCAACAUGACUCGAUACCGGCUCAACAUGACUCGGUACCGGCUCAACAUGACUCGGUACCGGCUCAACAUGACUCGAUACCGGCUCAACAUGACUCGGGACCGGCUCAACAUGACUCGGUACCGGCUCAACAUGACUCGGGACUGGCUCAACAUGACUCGGUACCGGCUCAACAUGACUCGGGACUGGCUCAACAUGACUCGGUACCGGCUCAACAUGACUCGGUACCGGCUCAACAUGACUCGGGACCGGCUCAACAUGACUCGGUACCGGCUCAACAUGACUCGGGACUGGCUCAACAUGACUCAGUACCGGCUCAACAUGACUCGGUACCGGCUCAACAUGACUCGGGACCGGCUCAACAUGACUCGGUACCGGCUCAACAUGACUUGGGACCGGCUCAACAUGACUCGGGACUGGCUCAACAUGACUCGGUACCGGCUCAACAUGACUCGGGACCGGCUCAACAUGACUCGGGACCGGCUCAACAUGACUCGGUACCGGCUCAACAUGACUCGGGACCGGCUCAACAUGACUUGGGACUGGCUCAACAUGACUCGGUACCGGCUCAACAUGACUCGGGACUGGCUCAACAUGACUCGGUACCGGCUCAACAUGACUCGGUACCGGCUCAACAUGACUUGGGACCGGCUCAAGAUGACUCGGGACCGGCUCAACAUGACUCGGUACCGGCUCAAGAUGACUCGGGACCGGCUCAACAUGACUCGGUACCGGCUCAACAUGACUCGGGACCGGCUCAACAUGACUCGGGACCGGCUCAACAUGACUCGGGACUGGCUCAACAUGACUCGGGACCGGCUCAACAUGACUCGGGACCGGCUCAACAUGACUCGGUACCGGCUCAACAUGACUCGGUACCGGCUCAACAUGACUCGGGACCGGCUCAACAUGACUCGGUACCGGCUCAACAUGACUCUGUACCGGCUGGGGGAGCUCUGA